AUGAAUGGCAAAGUGAAUGUUGCUCUUAGGCAGUUUCAGAAAAUUCUUGUGGGUGCUAGCAUGAAUGCAGCUAUCAAUACAUCUGCAAAAGUUAAACAGGCAAGACUACGAGUCAGCAGUGCUGGAACCAAACUACAUAACCAAGACUAUGAGUCAGCAGUGCAGGAAACAAACUACAUAACCAAGCACUAUGACACAGCAGAGCAGGAACCAAGCUACAUAACCCAGCACUAUGAGACAGCAGUGCAGGAGCCAAGCUACAUAACCAAGUACUAUGACACAGCAGUGCUGAAACCAAACUACAUAACUAACCACUAUGAGACAGCAGUGCAGGAACCAAGCUACAUAACCAAGCACUAUGACACAGCAGUGCAGGAACCAAGCUACAUAACCAAGUACUAUGAGACAGCAGUGCAGGAGCUAAGCUACAUAACCAAGUACUAUGAGACAGCAGUGCAGGAACCAAACUACAUAACCAAGCACUAUGAGACAGCAGUGCUGGAACCAAGCUACAUAACCAAGUGCUAUGAGACAGCAGUGCUGCAACCAAGCUACAUAACCAAGCACUAUGAGACAGCAGUGCUGCAACCAAACUACACAACCAAGCAGUAUGAGAUAGCAGUGCUGGAACCAAGCUACAUAACCAAGCACUAUGAGAGAGCAGUGCUGGAACCAAGCUACAUAACCAAGCACUAUGACACAGCAGUGCUGGAACCAAGCUACAUAACCAAGCACUAUGAGACAACAGCGUUGCAACCAAACUACACAACCAAGCACUAUGAGACAGCAGUGCAGGAACCAAGCUACAUAACCAAGCACUAUGAGACAACAGUGCUGGAACCAAGCUACAUAACCAAGCACUAUGAAACAGCAGUGCCGGAACCAAACUACAUAACCAAGCACUAUGAGACAGCAGUGCAGAAACCAAGCUACAUAACAAAGCACUAUGAGACAGCAAUGCUGGAACUAAGCUACAUAACCAACAGUGCUGGAACCAAGCACUAUGAGACAGCAGUGCAGGAACCAAGCUACAUAACCAAGUACUAUGACACAGCAGAGCAGGAACCAAGCUACAUAAACCAGCACUAUGAGACAGCAGUGCUGGAACCAAGCUACAUAACCAAGUACUAUGAGACAGCAGUGCAGGAACCAAGCUACAUAACCAAGUACUAUGAGACAGCAGUGCAGGAACCAAGCUACAUAACCAAGCACUAUGAUACAGCAGUCCAGGAACCAAGCUACAUAACCAAGCACUAUGAGACAGCAGUGCAGGAACCAAGCUACAUAACCAAGCACUAUGACACAGCAGAGCAGGAACCAAGCUACAUAACCAAGAGCUAUGAUACAGCAGUGCAGGAACCAAGCUACAUAACCAAGCACUAUGAUACAGCAGUGCAGGAACCAAGCUACAUAACCAAGCACUAUGAUACAGCAGUGCAGGAACCAAGCUACAUAACCAAGCACUAUGAGACAGCAGUGCAGGAACCAAGCUACAUAACCAAGCACUAUGACACAGCAGAGCAGGAACCAAGCUACAUAACCAAGAGCUAUGAUACAGCAGUGCGGGAACCAAGCUACAUAACCAAGUACUAUGAGACAGCAGUGCCAGAGCCAAGGUACAUAACCAAGUACUAUGAGACAGCAGUGCCAGAGCCAAGCUACAUAACCAAGCACUAUGACACAGCAGUGCUGGAACCAAGCUACAUAACCAAGCACUAUGAGACAGCAGUGCUGGAACCAAGCUACACAACCAAGCAUUAUGAGAUAACAGAGCAGGAACCAAGCUACAUAACUAAGAGCUUUGAGACAGCAGUGGUGGAACCAAGCUACAUAACCCAGCACUAUGAGACAUCACUGUUAGAACCAAGUUGCAUAACCAAGCACUAUGAGACAGCAGUUCUGACUGCUACAUCUUAG